AAUCACAUUUCCUGUAACAACCCUGGGCCACCUGCUUUUCUCCCUGCAGCAAGGUUUUGAUUAAGGGCUGCUCAUCCUCCCAAGUUGGUGGUACCAGCUCACCUGGUGGAUGAGCUCCUUCCUUUUUAUGCCAAGAGUCUCUGAUGCCUCCUUAUUUUCCACUUGGGAGAAAUGUUUCAGUUCACAGGUGGAGAAGAAGGUCUUCCUUAGUGGGAUCCCAGUGCCAGAGCACCAGGCCCACUGGCCUGGAGAAGAUUGAAGGCAAGGUUGGCCCAAUAAGCUGCGAACAAAGGUUGUGGGUGCAGACAGGUUGGCUCUUACAGUCGAGAUUCAGCCUCUGGACUGCUGCUGGGGGAGUGGGGGCUUCGUUGGGCUAAGGCUUGGCGUGAUGGCUACAGGGACACCUCCGACACUGGUGGUCACAAUGAGAGGGCUGCCCACUGCUCUCAUCUAAUAAGCGGGCAUCUGUGGCUGCCUGACUUGGGAGAUGGAUGGGCUGAGGGAGUGGAGGGGGACCUCAGAGGAGCAGGACCAGAGAGACUCCCAGGACGGUAGGGAUCCCACGGCUGGGUGGUCCUAAGCCACUGGGUGGAUGAAAGGCCGAGGGAUGUUGGUCCUGCUUCUGCAUGCGGUGGUCCUCGGCCUGCCUAGCGCCUGGGCCGUGGGGGCCUGCGCCCGCGCUUGUCCCGCCGCCUGCGCCUGCAGCACCGUGGAGCGCGGCUGCUCGGUGCGCUGCGACCGCGCGGGCCUCCUGCGGGUGCCGGCCGAGCUCCCGUGCGAGGCGGUCUCCAUCGACCUGGACCGGAACGGCCUGCGCUUCCUGGGCGAGCGAGCCUUCGGCACGCUGCCGUCCUUGCGCCGCCUGUCGCUGCGCCACAACAACCUGUCCUUCAUCACGCCCGGCGCCUUCAAGGGCCUGCCGCGCCUGGCUGAGCUGCGCCUGGCGCACAACGGCGACCUGCGCUACCUGCACGCGCGCACCUUCGCGGCGCUCAGCCGCCUGCGCCGCCUAGACCUAGCCGCCUGCCGCCUCUUCAGCGUGCCCGAGCGCCUCCUGGCCGAACUGCCGGCCCUGCGCGAACUCGCCGCCUUCGACAACCUGUUCCGCCGCGUGCCGGGCGCGCUGCGCGGCCUGGCCAACCUGACGCACGCGCACCUGGAGCGCGGCCGCAUCGAGGCGGUGGCCUCCAGCUCGCUGCAGGGCCUGCGCCGCCUGCGCUCGCUCAGCCUGCAGGCCAACCGCGUCCGUGCCGUGCACGCUGGCGCCUUCGGGGACUGUGGCGUCCUGGAGCAUCUGCUGCUCAACGACAACCUGCUGGCCGAGCUCCCGGCCGAUGCCUUCCGCGGCCUGCGGCGCCUGCGCACGCUCAACCUGGGUGGCAACGCGCUGGACCGCGUGGCGCGCGCCUGGUUCGCUGACCUGGCCGAGCUCGAGCUGCUCUACCUGGACCGCAACAGCAUCGCCUUCGUGGAGGAGGGCGCCUUCCAGAACCUCUCGGGUCUCCUCGCGCUGCACCUCAACGGCAACCGCCUCACCGUGCUCGCCUGGGUCGCCUUCCAGCCCGGCUUCUUCCUGGGCCGCCUCUUCCUCUUCCGCAACCCGUGGUGCUGCGACUGCCGCCUGGAGUGGCUGAGGGACUGGAUGGAGGGCUCCGGACGUGUCACCGACGUGCCGUGCGCCUCCCCGGGCUCCGUGGCCGGCCUGGACCUCAGCCAGGUGACCUUCGGGCGCUCCUCCGAUGGCCUCUGUGUGGACCCCGAGGAGCUGAACCUCACCACGUCCAGUCCAGGCCCGUCCCCAGAACCAGCGGCCACCACCGUGAGCAGGUUCAGCAGCCUCCUCUCCAAGCUGCUGGCCCCGAGGGUCCCGGUGGAGGAGGCGGCCAACACCACUGCGGGGCUGGCCAACGCCUCCCUGUCCGACAGCCUCUCCUCCCGUGGGGUGGGAGGCGCGGGCCGGCAGCCCUGGUUUCUCCUCGCCUCUUGUCUCCUGCCCAGCGUGGCCCAGCACGUGGUGUUUGGCCUGCAGAUGGACUGACCUGGCCAGAGGGGGGAAAGUUUGCUUAACUGGGCUUGAGUGUGUUUGUGGUAAGGGGAGAGGAGCCGGAAUGGAGGGCAGAGGUGAAAAUCCCAGUGGAGGGUGGAAGGAACCGUUUGCCUCCAGAGAUGGCCCCAGGGAGAACACAGGGACGUGCCACUCGAGGGGGAGGAUGGUAUGGAUUUCUGCUUUUGUCACACGGGCAUCCAUUGGAAAAGAGAAGCAAGAAUGAACGUGGGCCCUCGGGUGGGAAGACUAGGAAUCGGAAGCUUCUAGGGCUUCACAUCCCUUCCCCUCCCCUCCCCUUCCCCUCAUCUUCCUGGCAACAGUGCCUGCAAGGCCUGAAUUAGAGAGACUUCCAUUGGCUAAGUAGUUAAGAGCCGUCCCAUUUCUCCUGGCGGGGUAACCCAUUAUACCGAAGUCCUUUGUUUUCUACCACAAUCCUCCUCCUCCUCUCCAGGGGCCUGGAAACACUAGGAUUCAGGAAGGUAGGCAGGACGUGAGAGAAGGGAGAUGGGAGAGAGAUUUAAGACAAAGGGUGGCGGUGGUUCCUGGGGUCUGAGAUGUGUUAGGAGGCGUUUAAAACAAA